CUAGUGGCAAAGCCCAGUACUACCGGUCAUGCGCAGACCUGUCUCCUCUUCCACCACCGGGCGGUGGGCGACAGUCCAGGCAGAAAAUCCUCCACAACAAGGAAAGAGAAGAGAGACUGCGUCAGGUACCGACCUUUGUCGGCAUCCAUCAGUUGAUGCAAAACAGCAUCCAAAUGAAUCAUGAAUCAGGAAACCUUUCGUGGACACAUUGGAGGACUUCCACAGUGAUCGAUAAGCGGUGAUCGAUAAGGCGUCAUGAGGCGUCUGUCCCGGCGGAAGGCGCUGAGCCUCGUGAAGGAGCUGGACGCGUUCCCGAAGGUCCCGGACAGCUACAUGGAGACCUCGGCGUCCGGGGGCACAGUCUCGUUGCUGGCCUUCGGGGUCAUGGCCGUUCUAGCCGUGCUGGAGUUUUUCGUUUACCGCGACACUUGGAUGAAGUACGACUACGAGGUGGACAAGGACUUCUCCAGCAAAAUGAGAAUAAAUAUCGACAUCACCGUUGCAAUGAAGUGCCAGCAUGUCGGCGCUGAUAUUCUGGAUCUGGCUGAAACCAUGAUUAUGUCCAACGGUCUGAAGUAUGAACCUGUGAUCUUCGAGCUGUCGCCUCAACAGAGACUCUGGCACAGAACUUUGCUGGUGAUCCAGAAGGGUCUGGGAGAGCAGCACUCCCUUCAGGACGUGCUGUACAAGACCGUCCACAAGGGGGCGCCAACGACCCUCCCCCUGAGAGAGGGCGCAUCCUUGGAGCCACUGAGCGCGUGCAGGAUCCAUGGGCACAUCUAUGUCAACAAGGUGGCGGGAAACUUCCACAUCACGGUGGGAAAGCCGAUACAGCACCCCCGCGGUCACGCCCACAUCGCCGCCUUCGUCAGCCACCAAACGUAUAACUUCUCCCACCGGAUAGACCUCCUGUCCUUUGGGGAAGAGGUGCCAGGAGUAAUCCAUCCCCUGGACGGAACACAGAAAACCACCCCUAACAAUAACCAGAUGUUCCAGUACUUCAUCACCGUGGUGCCCACCAAACUACACACCUACAAGAUCUCCGCAGACACACACCAGUUCGCCGUCACAGAGCGGGAGCGGGAGAUCGACCAUGCGGCCGGCAGCCACGGCGUCGCCGGCAUCUUCGUGAAGUACGACACCAGUGCCUUGAUGGUGACGGUGCGCGAGCAGCACAUGCCCCUUGGACAGUUCCUGGUGCGCCUGUGUGGCAUCGUGGGGGGCGUCUUCUCCACCACAGGUAUGCUGCACAGGUUCGUGGGCUCCUGUGUGGAUGUUGUCUGCUGCCGCUUCAAACUGGGAGUCUACAAACCCACAGAGGUGAGGGAGGCACAGGCGAGCCAGCAGCAGAACGACCACCUCCCCCCGCUGGACCUCCGGCCUGGAGAGGAGGCCAGGGGCUAGGACCGGGGCUAGGACCCGGGGCCAGCACCAGGGCCAGCACCAGGGCCAGCACAGGGGCCUAGGUCUGCCCAUAGUCCCACUGUUACAAAGAAAGAAAAUGGCCGUCUUUAACAACAUUUUAUACUCCCCGUUCGAUUAUUAUUUUUAUUAUUAUUAAGAAUAAUAAUAAAAUAAUGAU